AGAGAGGGUGUAUACAUAGUAGUAUACUUGCAUUUUUUACGUAGAGAUAUUGCGUGGGUAGAAAGGAUACGCGGACUGGAAAAUUUGUUGCUCGUUGAAAAGUCCUCGAAAUGUUUAAACUUUCAUUGAAGCGUUUCGCUUCACUGCUGUUUUUCCAAAUUAUAUUCUUGUGUGUUGAUCUCGGAAUCAACAGUUUUUCGUAUCUAGCUCGGGGCGACAAAGUAUCAAUCAUAUUUCUAUUUUUGACACAAGAUGUCUGUUUAAUUCUGUCCUUCACGGCAAUUAAUUUCAGCCUGUACAUGACUUAUGUUUAUCAGGCUGGAAUGGCUCAUCUGUUGUACACGAAGUUACGCGUUCCGCUGUUGGUUUCGAUGCUAUACUUUCUUCUGUGCAUAAGCCUUCACAUUUGGCAAGUGGUAGAUCAUCAUAAAUCACCGUAUCUCUUCCAAUGGCCGAAGGCAUUGACUGCUCUUUUUAUCAUACAAAGAUUAUUCUCCCCGCUUUAUUACUACUUUUACAAAAGAUCUGCGCUGAAGAUGUGCGACCCUCGAUUCUAUGAGAACUUGGACUGGAUUACUUCUCAGUUAGCCAUAAAGUAAACAUUCUCCCAAAACAGAACUGCGUGAAGCCGUUCUAGCAUUGGUUUAUAGUUCAACCAUUAUUUUGGGUUCUUAAGGCAGGACAAGUUAGCUGUGUUAUGAUUAUUCCGACGAAGCUUGUUUGGCCGGACUUAUCGUUCGAUAAAUGUUUGAUUCAGUUCAAAACACGAAGGAAGAAUUAAAGCCGCAGCAUCCAUAGGAUUCAAUGGAUCCUUAUGUUCAGAACAUGUAUGUUAUACCGUUGAAAAUGGUUCACGAAAGAUGUUAAAUAGCUACAUAUCAAUAAAUUCCGACAUAAAUUUGUGUGAGUUACAAAUUUCAUCAGUGAAUAAAUUCGUGCAAAUAAA